AUGGCCGACGAGUUUGAUCCGUGCGAAUGCAUUAAUCUCUUGACUCAAGAGCAACGGAUGCAACGACUCAUUAAUAUGGUGUGUAUGCCAGUAACCGAUGAUAAUCGGGGUGACCAUCGAGUUGUGGAUCCCCCGCUAUACACGUGUGGUGACCAGUGCUGGCGAUUGUCCACUCCAUUCAAAUUGAGAGACUCGCAGACCGUAUGCAAUGACAACGAGUGCUUCAAUGAUGUCCGCCCUAAGAACCCAUGA